UCUCACAUUGACAUUAUAUAAUACAAUUUUGAUAUAUUAACACCAUAUUUCAUCUUUUAUCUCAUUUCCACAAAAAAAUUAUCUUCUUAUCCCUAAUCAUUUUCUCGAGCUUCAUCAUAUUAUUCAUUUCACUCUCUUCUCUUCAUAUCUAUCUCUACGUGUGAGUGUGUUACACGUGUGUAGAUAUAAUUUUUCUAUAAGUAAGAGAAGAGUAAGAAAAGAAAAACAGAAGACACAACAAAAAUGAGUGGAACUAGUGGUAACAUAGAAUUUGAGAUAUUACACAGAAAAUGCAUCAAACCCUCCACACCCACACUAUCACACUUGAAAACCUUCAAACUCUCACUGCUUGACCAGCUUUCACCUGACAUCCAUGGCAACAUCACCUUCUUCUUCAACAAUUCUCAUUCUCAUUCUCAAUUCUCCACCAACUCCCAACUCCUUCAAACCUCCCUCUCCCAAACUCUCACCCUUUUCUACCCUCUCGCCGGACGCCUCCACCACCCUGCCACCGCCAUCAACUGCAACGACCACGGUGCCUUCUUUAUCGAAGCUCAAACCACCACCACCCUCUCCGACCUCCUCACCAACCCCCAUUUCAACACCCUUGAAUCCCUCAUCCCCUCCACCGAUGAAGAAACCGUCGCAAUGUCCAACGGCUCCAUGCUCCUUAUCCGCUUCACCUUGUUCGGUUGCGGCGGCACCGCCGUCUCCAUAUCCCUCACCCACAAGAUAGCCGAUUUCUCCGCCCUCAUCACGCUACUCAAAACCUGGACCGCCGUGUGCGGCGGAGCCACCGAGCUACCUGCCCCUGAACUCACCGCCGGCGCCGUCUUAUUCCCUCAGAGGGAGAUUCCGGGCAUGUCAGCCUCCGUGAUCACCGUCGCCGGGAAAUUCGCCGCGAGAAGGUUCAUUUUCAACGCAUCCAAGGUUGACGAGCUGAAAAAUAGAGUCAAAGUCGCACUCCAAAGCGCCGUCGUUGGAGGCGGUGCUGCUUUUCACGCGUCGAGGGUGGAGGUGGUGCUCGCGCUCAUUUGGAGGUGUGCUCUGUUAGCAGCUUCCUGCUCCUCCAAAACGGUGUCAUCGUUCAGGCCUUCUGCUCUGUUCCAGGCAGUGAACCUCCGUCCCCGGAUGGAGCCGGCGGUUUCCGACACCGCUGUGGGGAACUUCGUGUGGCCGUUCGCGGUGACGGUGGAGGAGGAGAGUCACUUGGAGUUGCAUGAGAUGGUGUGGAGAAUGAGGGAAGCUAUGAAGGAGUUUCUUGAGACCAAGGCAGGGAGGUUCAGAGAGGAAGGUGGUUUUGAAGUGGUGAUGGAGUGUCUGAAAGAGAGGGCUCUGCUUUUGAAUAGGAACAACAAGGACAUUGUUGUUUAUAAGUGUACCAGUUGGUGUAAGUUUCCUCUGCUUGGACUAGAUUUUGGGUGGGGGAAACCUGUGUGGAGUUGCAGUGUGAAUAAUUUGGUGAGUAACACCAUUGCAUUGAUGGAUACCAAGGAUGGUGGAGUUGAAGCUUGUGUCACACUGAGUGAGGAAGAGAUGGACUUAUUUCAACAAGAUGAGCACCUGCUACAAUAUGCUCUGCUUAAUCCUGGUGUUAUAAUCUGAUUAGAGAAUGGAUGAUUAGAUAUUAAUCACCUAAGCUAAGAUCAUGUUGUUUGUUAUGAUUUGAUAUUCUUGAUCAAUCUGAUGUAAUUAUGAAUGUAAUAUACAUAUUUUCAUAUCUUA